AGACACAGCGUUGGUGUCCCCUCCACUUUUCGAUAUCAUCUCAUGUUCACUCUAUGUCUGCGUGUGGCCAGGUGACCACGACGCUUCACCCCUAAUGUGUGCAUUUACAAAAGCUACGGCGGUGUGGCGUUUACCCAUCAUGUGUGUAUGCGGAGAAUUUCUUUAUCUUGGGACCGGGUUGGCUGUACGCGUGAAUGCGGGGUCGAAGUGGAUGGAUGUGGAUGGCUGCGUCCGAUGUGACAUCAUACUGCUUUUUGCGAGCUUUUUCACGAGUCUAUGUGUAUUUCUAUCUAUCGGGUCUCGGACGAGCUACCCAUGGUAGACGGCAGGUGUAGAGCCAAAACGAGAUAAAUGAAUAAAUAAACAAACAAAUAAACAAAAGCGUUGGCAGUG